GUAGUGCCGCUAGAGGAGCUUCAGUCUAGUUGAAGCUUUCCGUGCGGUGAGGUCGCGGCCGUCGCCUACUCUCCCAAACUAUUUUUACGAUUGGCGCCAAACGGUUAUUUUUAUUUUUCCAUACACACACACACACACAACAACAACCAGCGCAGUGAGAGCGUGUGUGCCAGUGAAACCCUUGAAAAAUUUAUUUUAUUUUUCAAAUUCUUCUGGUUGCAAGAAACGUGUUUUUGUGUGUGGAUGCAGGUGCACCCGACAUCGUGCUGGGGUUGUGUACCAUGUGCGUGAGUGUCAAGUGAAAAAUCGGGCACGUGCUUACCUCUCGGAUUUUGAGAUUUCUGCCGACUAAUAAUUAGCCAAAAUCAAUCGACGAUUUGGUUCUGGUGCGACUGAAUUAAAAUGCCAGCAGCGGCAGCGAUCGGUCCCGAUGGGCAGAUUAUGCGCCCGAGAAAGGGUCGACCGCCCAAAGGUGGUUACCCGUAUCCGUAUCCGGCCUCGACCGAUCCCGCCCGCACCAUCUACAUCGGCAAGAACAACGCCCGCCACUGGGCCGAUCUCAAAACUCGGCUCGGAUACAAUGGCGACGUCGAUUUCGUCUCUUUUCUACUGCGACUGGCAGAGGAACGUCUCAGCCAAGAGGAGCAGGUAUGCGAGAAGCCAAAGCACCGCAAUCAAAUCAACGGCAACCGGGUCGAUCAACUUCAACAGCAGCAGCAGCAACAGCAAGUCCAGCAUCAUCAUCAAAGAGCCGGCGGCAGUGUUGUGCCCUCUGGAGACGAUGUCGUCGUCGUCGCCAGUCAUCCGCACCAUCAUCAGCAGCACCAGCAACAACAACAACAACACGACCUUGAGUUGAGACGCGCCUCCUCAUCUUCCUCGACUCGCCGUGGACCCAACGACGAACCCAAAGAACACGACAACAAUGGAGGCCCUUCCGCUCAUCCGCACAAGAAACUCAAAAUGGAAGAAGCGGCUGCUGCUGCAGCAGCAGCGGCCGGAGGAGCUGCGACAUCCGUCGCUGUGGACGACGACGAAGAAGAUGAGGAAGAGGACGAAGAGCAUCCGCAUCACCACGGCUACGAUUACCAUCACGCGGAUGGAGUUUCCGCGGCUGCCGCCGCCGCAGUCGCAGCUGCAGCCGCUUUCUCCGCUCACAACGGCAAUCGGCACGGUCCGUCUGUUGGCGACCAACAACAACAACACGCCAGUUACCCGUCGGACGACGAUGACGACGACAAUAUGGUCGACGAGGAAGACGACAAUAGUCUGGCCAACACUUCCACUGCCGGCGAUCACGACCAGGGCGGCGAAUACAUUUGCAAUUUCUGCAACAAGAGUUUCUUGCGACCGACUUAUCUGAACGUUCAUCGGACGUACGGCUGCCCGGCCAAUCCCGACCGUUGCCGCCCUCAGUGCCACGUCUGUGGCAAAGAUUUUUCGCAGCCGCAGAAACUCAAGGCUCACAUUGAAGCCGAACACGCCGGCAGCGAUUUCGGACAUUGCGAUGACGGGUCCAACAUCAGCGGAGGUUUGUCCGGCGGUGGCGGAGGUACCCAUCAUCCGUGCAAAGCCUGUCCGGCCGUCUUUACCACACGAGCCGCUCUGAGACGUCAUCUGGGCGAGAUUCAUGGUCAAGGCGCAUCGGGCACAUGCGUCUGCGACCAGUGCGGCAAACUCUUCCAGACGAAAUCCAAUUUGAAAAUCCACUUGUUGACUCAUUCCGGAGUCAAACCGUUCAAGUGUCCGGAAACGGAAUGCGGAUUAGGUUUCUCCACCAAACAGUGCUUGCAGGUCCAUUUGCGCAAAGCUCACGGGUUCAGCGAAGAUAACAUGCCGACGGUGCAGCGCAGCAUCCCGUACACGUUCGACGCCUAUUCCGGUGGCGUCAUCAAGGAUCCAGGGCGAGGCAAAUUACCCGAUCUGCCGCCGACGACACCCACCCGAUUGCAUCAGCACCUCGAUCCUAGCGGCCAGCAGGUGCUGUUCGAUACCGUGGAUGAUGGAUCGAAUCCGCCAGGAACGCCCCGAGCUUCGUACCCAAUCCCCGAGAUGCCGCGACGGGGUAGAAAACCCGGAUGGCGGAAGGCCAAUUCCGUCAACGGAGGUGGUGCCAUAGGAGGAGUGAGUGGAGGUCACGGCGGCCUAUCGUCUCAGAAUACGAGUCUGUCGGACGAGAUCCUACACAAAUUGAGGCAGGAUAAGGACCACAACGACCACGGGCUCAAUUCCGGCCCUCUGCCGUCAUUUACCUCGUCGGCGGCGGCCGUCGUGGCCGAGCUGGCCAUCCAAAGUUUAGCGGCGGCGGCCGCUGCAGCAGCUGCUGCAGGUGCCGGCAGUUCACCGCCGGACCAUCACGCUGAUCUCAAUUCUCCGGCUGGUGGUGGACGACAACCGGUCAACUAUCACAACAGCCCCGGUCCAAUGCCAAUGACUCCCGAGCCACAAGCUAUGGCGCUCAAUUUGGCAGCUUCACGCAAUCAGAGCACGUACGGUGAGUCCAAUUACCCGCCGGCCAGUCCGUCACCUUGGCAGCAGCAGCAACAACAGCAACAUUUCGAGGACAAUUAUCCGUCGCUGGCCCGUCCGCAAGCGGCGCGGGCCACUCCAGGACCUGGUCAACAACAACAACAACAAACUCCUACAGCCUUUUAUCCGGAGCGACCGGCCAGUUGUUAUUCGUUUGACGGUAAUCAGCAGCAGCAACAACAACAACAGAGCUACAAUGCCGGACAACUCCUUCAACCGCCCCCUACACCGGGAUCGAUGACUUACAGUAACAAACUUCCGCCAGCCUCUCCCAAUCCAUCGUCUCAGCAGCAGCAACAAGAUCCUUCCCGAUGCGGCACUCCAUCGCUGAGCAGUUCCGAACCUUCGUUCGCCCGUUUCGCCGCAACGGCUGCGGCCGCCGCAGCUGCAGCUGCUGCUGUUUCGGCCGUUUCCGGCGGCGGAUCGUCUUCAACUUCCUCGGCCGCUGCCGCUGGAUCGUCUAGCCAACGUUGUCCACCGUCAACGACGAGUCCAGGCUCGGCUGCGGCCGGAGCGGGCAGCAGCUCUACAACGACUUCAUCUUCUUCCUCCGGUUCCGCCAGUGGCGGCGGAACUAAUCCGUAUCCAAGUCCGGCACCGAGUCCAGGCUACGCUGCCGUCACUUCGCGCGUCUUCUCCAGCAGUUACGCCGGCCUUCAGAACUGGGGCAAUGUCAACAUGCAGGGUCUUUCCGGCUACUCGCAAACCUAUCCGCUUCCUCCGCCGUCUCCCUACCCCCGUAAUCAUCCUUACGGCGGCUACUACUGAUUCCAGGAAGUUUUACAAAUUCGCCAAAUUGCCAAAAUGUUUUUAAAUCAUGUCGCCCUUUUUUAAAGAAAUGGGCGUCAACAACAACAACAACAAAAAGGGAAGAAAAAAGAGAAAAAUGUUGUAAUCGUGUGUUUUGUUGUUGUUGUUUCAAUUCAAAGAGCUGUAUACACUCUAGUUGUGUUUUAUCACUUUUGUGCGUGAGCCCGACGGCUUCCCCCGUUUUUCUUUUAUUUUUAUCGGUAGGAUUUUUGUUUUUUUUUACCUUUUUAAAAGAAUGUUUCUUUCUUUCUUCUUUUUUUCCCUCCUUUGAACGGCGUGUCUGUUGUUGAUGAAUGUACCGCGUGAAAGCAAUCCUUUUUCAUUAUUUUUUCGUUUUGGAAACUGUUUGGCGUUUUAGUUUUUUUUUUUUUUCUUCUCUCUAUUAUGGAAUGAAAAAUUGUUGCUCGACUGUUGUGUUUGGAAUCUUAUCGAAAUACUCUUGUAACCAGACCCCUUUUCCUCCUCCCCACUGGUUUUUAUUUUUAAUUUUUUUCUUUCUUUUUUUAAAAAAAUAUCUCGAUACCCGUGUGUUUCUGUCGGUUGGAAUUGUUUAAUUUUUAUGGAUGAGAAUCUCCUUCCCAUUGAUUGAUUGGUCUUGUUUACACACACAAACAAAAAAUUUAAUUCAGUAAAGGACAAAAAAAACAAACCGGUACGUGUUGGACGUUGUUACAAAAAAAAAAUAUGUUUUCCCUUUUUUAUUUCAAUCAAUUUCCGAGAAGGAAAACCCCCCUACGUGCUGUUUCUUUUUAACAUUUAUACGGAAAAAAAGAAAAUUACUUUCGUUUUUUUUAAAUAUUUUUUCAAUUCUUUUUUUCUGAGGGGAUAAACAAAAAGAUAAACCGCCCCCCUUCUGUGUGAGUGUUUGUGUCACGUUCGUCCCGAUUUCUUGUUUUUUCCCGCGUGUGUGUCGGCGCGUGAGUUUUUUCUUCUUCCACACACACACACAUAAAUAUCUUUGUUUAAAUUCGCCAAAACAUCGCCAAAAGAAGAAACUAAAAAAAAGCCACGCCCUUUUUUAAUGUGUGUAUACAGGAAAUUGACACACACGAUUUUGAUGAUGUUAUAUAUACAUAAUUAUCUUAUCGUUCACAAAAUUUCAUUUCCAGACACACACACACCACAAAUUGAUUCAAUCUUCUUUUGGGCGCUUAUUACGUUAAAAUUCUUCCAGUGAUACAAACAAACAAAAAAACACACUAAAUUCUUCAUUUUGAUUUCUUCAUCUUUCUCUUGAUUAUUCAUUUUCUCCGAUGAGCCACCAUGAAAAGUUGUUCUUUAAUUUGAUAUGACGUUGCUUAUAAAUUCCGUCUUCAUCAGAAAAAUUUGUCCACCAUCUUUUUGUUGUUGUCUUCAAUACAUUAUGAAAUGUU